GACAGCAACCAGCACGAAAGCUAGUAUAACGACGACGAGAAUUGCAAACAUGCCCGACGAAAAUUACUCGAAACCACUCCCUGCUCUACCUCUCAACCUUUCACAACACAGAUUAUAUCUCACAGUGGCCUGGACGACGAUCAUUGUCGUCAACGGCAUCCUGCCCAUUGUAAUCUACUUUGCUCUGCACUAUGGCACAUCUCUCGACCUCUCUUUAGUCCUCACCAUACCCACAAUCUUUAUGGGCUUGACCUCAAUAUGGCAGCUGUAUCAAAGAACGUACUACCUCCUCACCAAUCGAAAAUCCUGCCGACCUCUCGGGAUGACUUCGCCACCAAAUAAAUGGUACAAGAACUGGUCGAACUUCGACUACUUCCAAUGGAACUAUCUCUUCGGCUUCACAGCCCUCACCAUCCUCAUUUCAGUUGGCACCUCGAUCCCCUCCCUUCCACCCACCUCCGUUUCUCUCUCCGCCCUAAUGCUCUACGUCUGCCUCGAACUCAUCCUCGUCGAGAUCUGCAUCGCGUUGAAAAUCCCCGCCCCAUUUCGAUUCUCGUCGAUCCCGAAAGGCGCACCCCUGAGACCAGGAGUCUUCAUCGUCGCCGAAGAUGUUGUGGCUGUUGAUGGAAAGCAGGGAGGGGCUUGGAGACAAGCGUGGAACGAUCGAUUCGAAGCCGAUUUUGAGUUUCAGAGAUUAUGCAGAGUUUUGGAUUGGGCUUGGGGAGUCAGUGGUCUGUGCAUUGUGGCUGUGAUCUGGGGUCUGGCACUCUCGAGUGACACUGUCAAUGAGGAGGUUGCGUACGCUAUCGGUUGGGGUCUACCUUGGAUCUGGGGUGGUGUGAUGACGAUCUUGACGAUUCGGAUGGCUAAGAAAAUGCUACGCAGGCAGAGGGCAAGAGUUGGAGGCAUUGAUGAUUCUGGCGUUUGAAAGUGUGGGAUUAUAGAUCGGUGUUGCAAUGUUUGGCAACCGGGUUUGAUAGAUAGACAUGGUAGAAAGCGACCGCUUGAGAAUACUGGAUGCUCCCAUCAUGCUCAUCUGACUAUCUACUCGGGAACCUGUUGCGAGAGAAUUGAUCCACAGCACCUGUCUCCCUUGAAAACGAUUACAGAUACGGGAGGACCGUCACCACCCACGACAGCUACUUAGCACAAGCCGCCAAGAGAUCCGCGAUCCGAUUCAUCAAUUCCCGCACAUCCUCCUCCUCCUGCAGUCCCCUAUUCCCUUCAAACGCCAACUCCAGCCUCCCAUUCUUCGGCGCAGCAUAGAUCUCAGGUCGAAGCCGUGGCAGAUGCGGUCUCUCAAAAGCCGUCAUUCCCGCCUUCUCUUGCCCUAAGAACGAGACCUCGGACCCAUCUUCUUGCUGGAAAGCCGUGCGCCACCCGAAAUCACAACAUUCGGUCGGCCAUGCGGUGGUAGCGUGGCGAAGGAUUUCCAGCAUCCCGACCGCCUCGUAGCUGGAGUCUUCGAUGAAUUGUUGUUGCAGGACUCGAGCUACAGCGAAAACAUCAUCAUCCCCUGAUUGUGCUUUGUAGCGAAUCGGUUGCUCGACUAAACAAGGGCCUACUACUUCCUGAAGUUCGACGGGAAGCAUAGCACGUCCGGUGACCAAGCGACCCAAUACCACUUCGUCUCGUCCACAGUGCUUAGCGAUGGC